GUCAUAUCCCUGAAUUUUCUUCUGUUCAGUGCAUCUCUUGUUCUCUCAUUCCGAAAUUUUCAGUUUAGUGUCCGUUGAGCAUGCCUUGGAGACAUGCGGUGAAGGUCGUCCUCGCAGCAGGUGAAGCGGUUGCAAAGGCUUUAACACGAGCAGUUAGAGAGGAAAUCAGGCAAAGCCAGCAAGCCGCAGCAAGGCAUGCAACUCAGACCGGACAAUCUGCUAGUGAGGCGAAGGAAAGUGCUAAUGCUAAUGCUCGAAUGGGAAUAAGCUUAGAGGAAUCGUUGAAAAUCUUAGAUGUCAAGCCGCCAAUCGACCCUGAUGAAGUUGCGAAGAAGUAUGAGCAUUUAUUCGAAAUCAACGAUAAAACUAAGGGAGGAUCGUUUUACUUACAGUCUAAAGUUUAUCGAGCGAAGGAACGGAUAGAUGAAGAAUUACGAAGACAAGGAAUUGAAGUGAAACAAAAGACAGAAAGUACGGAACAAAAGAAAGUUGAAGAAGAAAGCAAAAGUUGAUUGUUUAUAAUUGAGAAUUUGUAUUUGCCGAUCAUCGCCGUCUAGAUGAUUUUUAUUUUAACUGUUAAUGGUCGCUGUGCUGACUAUCACUAGGGUAGCUCAUAGGAUAUUGUUGUUGAUUACGAAAAUACAAUGCCAUUAUGAGAUUUCUGACAUAAAGCUCAU